UGAGGAGAACGAGUGCGGCGAUCAUGUCGACUGGGGUGGGAAAACACAAGAUGCUGUUACUGGGUCCGACUGAACCCUGGUCUGUCCGGGAGAAACUCUGUCUCGCCUCCUCUGUGAUGAGAAGCGGAGAUCAGAACUGGGUGUCUGUUAGUAGAGCCAUCAAACCCUUUUCAGAGCCUGGACGACCCCCAGACUGGUUUUCCCAGAAGCAUUGUGCCUCCCAGUAUUCUGAGCUGUUGGAAACCACAGAGGCCCCAAAACGUAAACGGGGUGAGAAAGGGGAGGUGGUUGAGACCAUUGAAGACGUUAUCGUCCGCAGACUGACAGCAGACAGAAUCGAGGAACUCAAGAGACUCAUCAAAGACACCCAGGAGAAAUACAGGAAACUGAAGAAAGAAGUGGAUUUGAUCCAGGUGGGUCACAUGGACUCUAAACUGGAGGAGUUUUGGGCAGAGAUUGAGCUAAAGAGGAAGCAGGAAGAGGAGGAGGCAGAGCAUAAGAAGAGGGCAACUGAGGCAGCCUAUCAGGUUCGUCAGGCUGCUAAAAACACACCAAAGAGAGUUCCCAGCAUAACAGUACGUUCUCCACCUGGCUCUGGCUCUGGCUCUCCUGGCAUGAAUGCCCAACAGCCCGACACACCACAGCCAAUGACAGAGGAGACCUGUGUGAGUCCCCUGGCUCAAGGAGUGACUGUCUUCAUGCCUAUAUCAGAGGUCUCAGGGCCUAAAGAGUCAGGGCUGGGUGGUCUUGUAGACGAAUCCCCGCAGAAGAAGCAUCUCGCCCCGAAAGCUACACCACCCCCCUCCCCGCUGCUGUCUGAACUGCUGAAGAAGGGCAGCCUCAUAGCGGCCAGCUCUAGAUUGGUGGUUGAAGGUGAUGUGGCUACAGGUUUGAGUAAUGGAUCUCAUGGAGUUGAGCUUCACACAGCUGCAGCUGCUCCACCUCCCAACCAAGAUAUUGCAGCUGAUGCUCCUACGUUAUCUCGUCUGUUGGAGAGCUCCACUCCAGCGCAGCAGCUUGUCAGUGCUGAUCCCCCUAAGUCCCCCAUAGUGGCCCCCCCAGCUCCGGACCACCUCUCUGUACCCAACACAGGUUCUGGAGCAGAGGCAGUGAUGGCUGGCUCAUCCACACCAGUGGAGGUGGAGGGGAAAGUUGCAGAGCUAGUAGAGGAGGACGCGGUAGUGUCAGUGUCAUACAUGGCUCAUGAACUAGACCUGGAGACAGUGGGAGAGAUCAUCGCCAUCAUAGAGGAGAAGGUGGACGACCCCGUUGAGGCUCUGGAUGCAGCAGCAGUGGAGGCUGCUCUCUCUCUCUGCGAGGAUCCAGCGGUCGGAGGACACCUCUCCAACCCCUGGGUGUCCCAGACUUUUAAGGCAGCCGAACCAGAGCCAAUCGUUCAGCAGAAUGCGGCCCUUGUGGCCCCACAGAGCUGCCCAGAUCCUGUGGGAGUGCAGGGAGAAAUGGAGGUUCCAGUAGAGGAGGCUGGAGAUACGGAAGCAGUAGACCGGGUGAAAGGGGACUCUGAAGUGAUCCCCGUUCCUGACAGAGAGCAGAGACAGGACACUGAGGUCAAGAUGCAGGAGGAGAGGGAAGGAGAUGGGGAGGAAGGAAUUGAGGAAACACAGGAGCAGAAUGGAACCAUGAGUCCAGCUGUGAAGUGUGAGGGAGAGGACUGGAUUCAGCCGGAGAUGGUGGCGCCCUGUCUGGACUCAGAGGACAGCUCGGCCUCAGCCAAAGACACAAAGGAGGUGAAGGAAGAGGAUGGAGGCAGUGAAGUGGAUGUGGAUGAAGGGAUGGAGAUGAAAGAGUGUGGAGACGGUGAUGGAGAGGGUCCAUAUCUCUCAGAGGUGGAUCCUCCUGCCAGUGAGAGUGAGGAUGGAUAUGGCAGUCACUCUCAGCAGUACACUACAGCAGACUCCAUAGCCAGCAGCCCGGCCUCAUCACAGUUCUCCAUGUGUAGUGAGGAUCAAGAGGCCCUCCAGGCUCAGAAAAUAUGGAAGAAAGCUAUCAUGCUGGUGUGGCGGGCAGCGGCCAAUCACAGAUAUGCAAGUGUAUUUCAACAGCCAGUGUCUGAUGACAUCGCUCCUGGUUAUCACAGUAUUGUACACAGACCGAUGGACUUAUCGGCUAUUAAGAAGAACAUCGAGUCUGGCCAGAUCCGUACGACGGCCGAGUUCCAGCGUGACAUCAUGCUUAUGUUCCAGAACGCAGUGAUGUAUAACAGCUCGGACCAUGAUGUGUUUCAUAUGGCCUUGGAGAUGCAGAGAGAUGUUCUGGAGCAGAUCCAGCAGUUCUUAGCCACACAGCUAAUCAUGCAGACAUCAGAGUCGGGCAUCAGCACCAAGAGUCUGCGAGGGAGAGAAGCCAGCCGCAAGCAAGACUCCAAUGAGAAGACCCUGAGUCCUGCACACAAAGACCCUCAUUUAGAGCCAGAACCAUCAGCCAGAAGGAAAAGGAACAACUCCAAACAAGAGACUAAUGAAAAGGACAGCCUCUCCAUGGCCUCCCCUGCUUUCCUUCUCUCUCUUUUUGACGGAGGCACCAGAGGGCGCCGCAGUGCAAUAGAGGCAGAUAUGAAGAUGAAAAAGUGAACCAAGACAUUUCACUGCUGCUGUCACAGGAGUUAAAGUAGGCUAUAUUUAGCUGUUUCUUUAAGAAGUUCUGGUUAAGUUUUGUUUGGUUUAAUUCAGCAGUUCUUAAAGGUGCAGUGUCAUUCUCAGAAUAUGGACAAAAGGACACUGGACACAAACAGGACAUUUUUCUUUUUAACUGGAGAUGUUUAAAGGGCUUGAUCUUCCAAAAUGUUCAUGUGGAAAACAUCUUUCCAGAACACUCUAGUUAAUGAAUAGCCCUGAAAAAAAUUGUCAUGUGUCCUCUGACUCACAGGACCGGUCAAACUGACCAGCACUUGUGCAUUUGACUUUAGAGGAGUUGGUUAAAUAUCAAAAAUGAUUUAUUACAUACGUUUGACAACUGGCCUCUUAAGGUUAAUGUGGAAUGUACCACCAUCAUAACCACUGGCUGGUUAGAAAUGAGAAUGUAACUUUCUUGCGACAAGAAUGAAACUAUACAACCCCAUUAUUCAAGACAAAGAUUUUUAUCGCCUUAUUGCAACACUUUGUCAUGUGGUGUUAGCUGAUGAGGACUGAUGAAAAGAAAGAAGAGUGGUUAUAAACUAAAAAAGCUUUUUUUUUUUUUCUAUAGAGAUUAAGUUAAAAUUGACUCUUGAAACUUUUUUUUUUUUUUUUUUUGCAUAAGCAGAACAGACACUGAACUUUGGAUGACAGUUUAAAGGCCACUGUACUAGAUUCAUUUUGUUGGGUUUUGUCUUUCAGUCAGCUUUAAGAUUAAAGUGAACUUAAUUUGAAUUCUGUGUAUUUAGAACAUUUCUGUACAGUUUUGUACAGGGUUUUCUGUGUACAGUGUUUGAGUGUUGUGAA